UCAUUUUGGUGAGUCAAUCAAUUCCGUGACAUAUCAUCAUCACUUUCUUGCUUUGUCAAUAAAUUGAACGGGAGUGUUAAUAUUCUCAAAAGAUUGUCACGAAAAGCUAAACGCUAAAAUUUAAUUGUCGCACCAUGGACGCAUUCGAUGAUAAUUUUGAACAAACUGAAGUCGAUCCAGCCGCCGAAUUUCUGGCCCGAGAAAAGGAUCAAUUAGCUGGUUUGGAAGAUGAACUGGAGCCUGCUGCACUGUCGGCACCAGUCAGUCAACUUAGAUUGGAUGACAAUGUCAAAGAGGAACUAUCUGGGAGCUUUGAAAUGAUUAACAACGAGAACGAGCAGAACGAAUAUGCUGGCUUCAACACAUCAAAUCAAUAUGAUUAUGAUCAAGAUUUUGGUUACGAAGAAGCAUCUCCAGUUGUACGCGAAGAGCCGGAACGCAUUAAAUUGUGGCGUGAGGAGCAGAAAACUCGUUUGGAACAAAAGGAUCUCGAAGAAGAAAAGAAGAAAGAAGAGCUAAAAGAACAAGCUCGAAAGGAACUAGAAGAUUGGUACAAGCAUCAUGAAGAGGCGAUUGCAAAGACGAAAUCGUCGAACCGGGAAUCUGCUAAAAACGCUGAAAAACAAUUUGUUGCUGAAUUGCCGGACGAAAUGGAACCGGGCACCGAAUGGGAACGUAUCGCCAAACUGUGCGACUUCAAUCCGAAAUCAGCCAAGUCCAGCCGCGACGUAUCACGAUUGAGAUCGAUCAUUUUGCAAUUGAAACAGAAUCCACUGCCAACAACAAAAGUUGCGUAAAUGGGAUUUCGUUUGUUGAAAUCGACCGGACAACGGUGUGUGUAUUAAUAACAAUUUAUGAAAUUAAUGUAUUCAAAUUUUUGAUUUAUUUCAAUUCAAAAAGCAUUGUAAUUGCUGCGUCAAUUUAGAUGAACACAGAAAUUAUCUUAUUUAGACAUUUCCAUUAUAAUAAAAAUGAUUUAUCGGUUAAA